AUGCCUUCUACAUUAAAAAUUUGCCUACUUGCCCUUGUUUCCCUAGUUGUAGCGAUGCCGUCCUCUCCCAACGCUGAUCCGAAUGCGCUCUUCGCUGUUGAAAAGCGCUGCGUAGGGAUAUAUGGGAGAUGCAACAACGACUGCUGCGACUCAAUGAGGUGCAACUACAUUCCUAUAUGCGGUCCCGGCUCACGUUGCGUGUCCUACGAUCCGGCUAUUCCGUACAACCCUACAUGCAAUUAA